GUACUCGCAAAGCACCAUAUCAUUUAUUGGAACGAAAACAGAACACUUAACAUUUAGUUUUAGAUGAUUUGCAUUUUGAUUCUUCUUUCGAACUUGAAACCACAUAUCUACAUAUGUACAUACAUGUAUAUGUAUGUAUAUCUGCUAAUUUGCUGUUGAGCCUGGAUAUGAAGAUACUAAGUGAUGUGAGUAUGAAUGCACUUAUAUGCAUGUAUGCAUGUAUAUAUAUACAUACACAUAUACCGCGCUCAAUCCUUUGUUAUUCACAAGGAACUUAAGCAAGGCUUAGGUGUAAUACCAACAUGUAGAAAUGAAUAAAAUAAAUGUCGCCAAACUACUUUUUCAAGGAACCAGUAUGGUGAGGAGGCUUGCCACUAAGUAAAAUAGCGUUUUGCGAUUACUGUGCGUUCGAUACCGAAAUUCAGUUUAAAGAAUGUGUAUGUAUGCAUGCAUCUGUGUAUAUACGUACACCCAUUUGUAUAUAUUUGCUCGCAAAAUGAAGGGCAACAACUUGUUCCUAUUGCCUUUUGUUUUUUCCAAAACAAAAACUUUUGCUGAGUAGCAUACAACGCUGUUGCUGUUACAUAUGUACAUAUUCACAAAUUAUAUAUGCACUUCCGAGGUUUUAAUGGAUUCGAGUGUUCUUGAAGGCCGCUUGUAGUGGUCGCGUUCUCUUAGUCGCAGAUGAAUUCCCUAAAAUAUCCAUCAUAAAUUUACCUGUUUAGUGGAUAAUAGUGACUGUUCUUGUCGGCAGGCCACGUUAUAUUGUAAAUGUUAUUCGAGAACAACUGAGUAGACCCGUAAAAUGUUGCUGGGUCCGAUUUUUCGACUCGCGCAUGCGCAUCGCAUUGCAUUGCUCACAUACACAUUAAACACAGGCUACUUAAACCCACUCAAAAAGAUAUACAUAUAUGUGCAUAUGCAACUGUGGUAGUGUUGGGAAAAAAAACUCAAAUCGCAUUUUAACGCUUCUCAAUGCACUCAAUACAUAAAUUCACCACAGAUAAAGUUAUAGUCUGCACAGAAGCCGUAAACUCAAAUUUUAUCUGAGUAUAUUUUGUGAUACUUUCCUAAACAUUUGCGUGUUAUCGCAGCUUACUCACUUCUAUUGUUAUUUACUGUGCUAGUUAUGACCGCCAGGUAAAACUCUACCAGUUAAAUUAGUGAUUGUUGGCAAUAAUCAAACUUACCCCAACCUGCCACUUGCCGCUGAGAUCUUUCUGUUGUUCUUCGCUCUAACGCGUAUUUUCUCAGUUCAAGCUGCAUUUAUGUCCCAAACCUGCCGUCUGUGUAAAUAGGGGAAAGUGACAAAUAGCUCAAGUGACGAUACAAAAACUAUGUAGCAUAUGAUAUACAUAUGUAUGUAUGUAUGUGCAUAAACUCAAGAUCAAAUUUGACCCGCACUGAUCUAUUUAAACUGCGCGUGUAAACCGAAUCGAUAAAAAAAUUUUAGUUGAAUCGGUACAACCUGUUUUUAUUUUCGUGUGAAGUUUGAGCGCCAUAUGUCAUUGGCAGCUUUUUGUUAGCGAAGCGAAUAGUUUGUCUGACGAUUUUUAUAUGUAACAUAAGUAUAUUGGGUCAAUGGCGCGUUUCGCGAAGUGGAUUUUUCCGUUUCGAAAAUCGAGAGCAGCCCUAAAGAUUCGCGAACGCAAGCAACGUAAACUGUAUCUCGAAGAAUGGGCACUCGGUGAUGAUGAUUUGGAGGGAACACGAGGGUUCAGCGUCUCAGAAAAAUUGGAAUCUUCGAAGUUUGCACAAACUGGUAUGGUUCGGGAGAUGCGUGGCAGUGAUUUGAGUGUGGCUUUUCUUCAACAAUAUGGCUUUAAUAUUCCAUUAUUGUUUCGUGAAAAGACCGGCUUAGGACUGCGAAUGCCCGAUUCUAACGAAUUUACUAUAAACGACGUACGUCUGUGCGUUGGUUCACGUCGUGUAUUGGACGUGAUGGAUGUGAACACUCAAAAGAACUUACAAAUGACAAUGAAAGAGUGGCAACAGUAUUAUGAUAAUCCACAAAAGGAUCGACUCCUUAAUGUAAUUUCGCUAGAAUUUUCUCAUACGCGUUUAGACAAUUAUGUACAAUGUCCAGAAAUUGUUCGACAAAUCGAUUGGGUGGACGUUGUAUGGCCAAAACGUCUCAAGGACUCACAAAGAGAAGGUACAAAUGUGUUGGGGGAAAUGAUGUACCCAAAAGUACAAAAGUACUGUCUUAUGUCAGUGAAAAAUUGCUAUACGGAUUUUCAUAUUGAUUUUGGCGGUACUUCGGUUUGGUACCAUAUUUUAAAGGGUAGUAAAGUGUUUUGGCUAAUACCACCAACAGAAAAAAACUUACAAUUAUAUGAGAAGUGGGUAUUAUCCGGUAAGCAGGCGGAUAUCUUCUUUGGCGAUACAGUGGAAAAGUGUGCUCGAGUAUACUUAACAGCUGGCAACACUUUCUUUAUACCCACCGGUUGGAUACAUGCUGUAUACACACCAACAGACACACUCGUGUUUGGCGGUAACUUUUUACAUUCCUUUGGUAUAGUUAAGCAACUUAAGACCGCGCAGGUGGAAGACGCUACCAAAGUACCGCAGAAAUUUCGAUAUCCUUUCUUCACCGAGAUGCUGUGGUAUGUCCUGGCACGAUACGUAUAUACACUACUGGGUCACUCGCAUUUGGAGGGUGAAUCUUCAGUAAGUGAGGAGGAAAUGUCCAAACGAGGUCAUGUGCAUCUCACACACUAUGAACUUUUCGGUUUGAAAGAGAUUGUCAUGUAUCUGUAUGAUUUGCCACCCCAAAAGAAAAAUGUACCCGAAUUGGUACGGGAUCCCGUGGCUUUGAUCAAAGAUGUGCGCACGUUGGUAGAGCGACAUUGCAAGGACAAGCCUGAGCUAGCCAUAACGGGUGAAUCUGUAUUAAAGCCGCCCGGUCAGAUGCACUCCACGUUUCAGGUGUACGAUCGUGGGGUUGUGAAGCAGGAAAUCAAAGCGGAAAUUGCACGUAAAAAUGCUGAAAUCAUACGUGAACAACAGCAGUUAGAUGCAGCGAAUGCCGCAAAUGCCGCAGAAAAUAUAUCGCUCAACAAUGAUAUACAAAAUAAAGUAGACACAAAUUCAAAAUCGAAUAUUGUUGCCAUAACAAAUGUGGCUGAUAACGGUGGUGUCAUCGUAAAGGAAUAUAAAAAUGAGCCUAUUGAGAAUGGUGCCCAACAGACGGCUACAUUCAUAUCACCCACGGAUAGUCUUAAGUAUCGCCCUCCGAAGAAGAUGCAUCUCGCAAAUGCUGUAGCUGCAGCGGCACAUCAGGCCAACAACACUGUCAGUGUUAUCGCAUCUUGCUCAAGUUAUAACUCAGCUUCAACAGCAACAACAACCAUUUCAACUGGAACAACCGUUGCUGCAACCAACCAAACACAAAACAAUUCACAUACACAGCCACUUACACAUAACACAAAUGCCGUUAACACUACCGAAAACUCUUGUCUUUCGCCGAACGAUUCAAAGUUGUCGCCAAAUGUCACCGGUACUGGUCAACCGCGUCGACGGCGAACGCGCUGUAAAGUCUGCGCCGCUUGCCAGCGUUCCGAUUGUGGGGAAUGCAGCUUCUGUUUGGACAUGGUGAAAUUCGGUGGACCUGGACGCGCUAAGCAAACAUGUAUGAUGCGUCAAUGUCUCUCGCCCAUGUUGCCGGUGACAGCACAGUGCUUCGUGUGUCAUUUGGACGGCUGGCGGCAAGUACCCGUGUCCCCACAAACUAAGCAGCUGGCUUCACUCGAGGGACCUUCGACGCUAAUGGAGUGUUCGGUGUGUUAUGAAAUUGCGCAUCCUGACUGCGCGAGGUCGUUAUUGGACGGCACCGACGAUGCCGCGGACGCUAAAGGUGUAGUAAAUGAAGACCUACCAAAUAGUUGGGAAUGCCCAAGUUGUUGUCGAUCUGGAAAAAAUAAUGACUAUAAGCCCCGUCACUUCCGUGCCCGCCAAAAGUCUUCGGAGGUACGACGCACAUCAAUAGGUGGCUCAAAUAUAAUUACAACCGGUCACGAUCACGACAGUAACCAAUUGCCACCGCCCAUUGGGCAAUAUAAUGACUUCGUUUUCACAAGUGAAUCUGAAAUGGAAAGCUGUUCAGCCAAUGUUGUACACUGGAAGCAUGUUGCGAAGCGUCAUCACCAUCAAAUUGAAGUAAAGACAGAACGCCAUUAUGAUACCUCUUCGCCAGGAAUCUCGCCCCAUGCAGCUGGCGACCGCAUUAAGAGACGUAAGAGUGACGACGGCUUAAGCUUGUGUAGUAGUAUGCAGGACAGUAUUGAUGCGGGUGCUUCCAUGGAUUGUCAUGUAGGCGUUGGUAACGGUGGUAUUGUUAGCGGCAGUAACGGUACACAAAUGUUGCGAAAGAAAAAUUCAAUACGAUCACAGUUGGCUCAACAAAUGCUCAACUCUUCAACGCGAGUACUCAAGAAGCCGCAUUAUGUAGUGCGACCAGCUGGGCAUUUAUCAACAAGUGGUAGCGGCUUGGUGGGCAAUCACAUUGGUGGCGCAAAUCUAGCGCUCGAUCCAACAUUGUUGAAAAUCAUGUUUCGCUACUUGCCCCAAGAAACGCUAGUCACUUGCUCGUCGGUUUGUAAAAUAUGGUCGAAUGUGUCUGUGGAUCCUGAUCUCUGGAAGACAAUGAACUGUGCAGAGCACAAAUUAUCUGCUUCACUGUUGACAGCUAUUGUUCGCCGACAGCCAGAGCACUUAAUACUCGACUGGACACAGAUAGCCAAAAGGCAAUUGGCCUGGGUGAUUGCACGUCUGCCUGCUCUUAAACACUUAUCGCUACAAAAUUGUCCCAUUCAGGCAGUGCCGGCUCUACACACUUGCCUUUGCCCGCCGUUACAAAUCUUGGAUCUCAGCUUUGUGCGUGGUCUCAAUGAUGCCGCCAUACGCGAUAUACUGUCACCACCCAAGGAUUCGCGACCUGGUUUAGCAGAUUCAAAAACGCGGUUACGUGAUCUUAAAACUCUCAAACUAGCCGGCACCGAUAUAACUGAUGUGGCAUUGCGCUAUAUAACGCAAGCAUUACCGAAUCUGGUUCACCUCGAUCUUUCAUCAUGUCAGCGCAUAACUGAUGCCGGUGUGGCACAAAUUGGCACAUCGCCGACUGCCAUAGCAAAAUUGGUCGAAUUGAAUUUGAGCGCUUGUCGAUUGGUUUCCGAGUUUUCUUUGGAACACCUAGCUAAAUGCGAGCAAUUGAUUUGGUUGGAUUUGCGACAGGUGCCGUUGGUACCGACGCAGGCGGUAAUAAAAUUUGCAGCCGAAUCUAAACACGAUCUCUGCGUGAAGGAUAUAAAGUUGGUGGAAAAGCGGCGACCACAGAAAGCGACACAGCUGGCAACGUCUUCAAGCUUAGGCGGAAUGGGUUCAGUGAGCAGUUGGAAUGACUAAAAAUAUUAAGUAGGGAUAUAACCAAAAAUUUAGUUGGCUAGUUAAUAAUCGAAAUUAGAUUUCGAUAAAUGAUUGAAAUGCAUAAAAUUAUGCAGCAAAGCUGAAAUUCUAAUUACGCUAUGCGUAUUUGUGUAGGUAAAAUGCAGAGCUAGCAGGCGCAAGUAUAAACUAAUCAGUGCACUAUAAAUCAAAUAUUAAUCUUAACUCACGAUUUUAAAGUAUUUGAAGAACUCAUGCAUUAAACCAGUUAUA